GACAAAAUGAAAGCAACAAACAUAAAGAUAAAAACAUGCCUAGUGGUAGACAGGUAUGGGGAGUAUGACACUAUCGUAGGGAUGCUUUCAUAUUUUCCACACCCAAUCAGAAGGAUACACAACAUUUCAGGAAGCAGUCAUUUACGAAGUCUGAUCAGAAUGGUUUGAACUAAAGUGAAACCUACUCAAUGAACCUGCACAGCAGAUAGUAUACCGGCAUCCUGCUGAGUCCUCCCCAAACAGACUGGCAUAUUUAAUGCAAAGAGGGAUGACAGCUCCAGGAAUGGAUUCAAACCUUUUCAGUGGACAUUUCUUUUUCUGAAGAGUUUUGGACAUUUUAAGAGAUCUCUUCAGAACAACAAACUGAAGAAGUUUCUCAGAUGAGAGGCGAAACAUCUUCAAGCAACUUAAAGAAGUCCAGACGCUUUUCUUCCCAAGCUUCUUAGACUACGUGACCUGCAUGACUGAGAACCUUCACAGACAUAUCGCAUCACCUUGUUUUAGUUGGACAAUUCUUUUUCAUCCUGAUGCUUAGAAGAGUGCUUGUGUUUUAUGAGAUCUCUUCAGAACAACGGCUCUUCUCUUGAUUCCUGGGUGUGUUUGCAUCUUCUAAAAACAUGGACAAAAAGGAAGGUGCACACCAGGUAUUCAGUGAUGUUGCAUCACUGAUGGCCCUUGCUGGUGAUAAAUGUGUGUUUUGUCAAAAGAAAGAACGUGCAAAUAAGGAUCACCUUCACAAAAAGCAUCUCAAAGAUGGAAUUUAUUUUGUGGAAAAAAACCAAGAGAAAUUUGUGGUGGCCUGCUAUUGCAAAGAUGUCAAAGGAGCAAAGAGAAGCCAUUAUCAUUGUCCGUUGUGUAACUUUGCAAUUUUAACACGAUCUUCUAUCUUCUCGAAACAUUUAAAAGACAGACAUGGUAUCAAAUCAAGCAAAAAACAAGAAACUCAAAGCUCUUUAAAAAGAAAGGCUGAAAACAUUAGCGAUGAUUCCCCAGAGGACUCAGAUUCAAAGCCCGAACAAUUUUUAUGCACCCCCUGCACAGCUAUGAUAAGCAAACAGCCACACAUAAAAAGACCCAUCAGAGAAGUACAUCACCUGGACUCUGCACCGAUGACAUGUAUUGAUGUUAUAAAUGGCAUUUAUGUCACACCAGAACACACAGAAACACAACACAGUCCAGCUUUUCCAAUUCAUGUCAUGAAGUCUGCUAAUCCACCACAAAUAGACUGUGAGGUUGAGAAAUGUCGCAGGUUCAUGCAGAUGGCUCGAUUUUCGGGAAAUCCGGGAAAAGAAUGUGUUCAUUUAGAAAGAACAAAAAAUGCAAAACCAUAUGUUAAGCCAGCAGUCCUGACAUCAAAAUCACUUCAGGACAUGUUGAGCAGAGGGCUAAUGUCAUCUGAGUGGGGCGCAAAAUGUGAGGCGCUCGACAGUGCUGCCAAACAAUGUGGUGUUGAUAGCGUAUUUCCUGUAUGUUAUGAAGAUCAGGGGCCAUCUCAACAGUGGUAUUUUUUCUCAGUUUUUACAAAUGAAACUGACCACUGGUGUCAGUUCCAGAGGACAAGGGUGACAUUUGAUUCAGUAACUAGAAAAUGGAAUUGCCAGUGUCGGGGAACAGGACGAUCUCAGCAAUGUAUCCACGAAAUGAUGGGAAUGUGGUGGAUUUUCCAGGAGACAUCAGAGAACAGCAUUAUUAGUGAGACAUCAAAAAAUAACUCCACAGCAAAAAUAUGUAUAAUGACAGAAUAUAUUUACACCAAAAAGCGUAUUCCACGUCCGAAGGACCUGAAGUUAGGCACUCAAGAGAAAAAGCCACCGCCAUCUUUUGUUCCUUGGGAAAACACCUGUCCCUACUGUCCAGGGCCCACCCCUCCUCAACUUAAUGCCCCAGAGGUUAUCACCAACCAAGCUGUGAUAUAUGGUCUUAGCAAUUUCCACAAAGGUGUCUCCGUUGCUAUGAAAGAGUGCCCACGGUGUGCUAACACUGUGAGAUUUCAGGAGUAUUCCUCAGGUUUCCACAAUUUUAACAACCACAUCUUAUUAACACUACCUCUAUGUGAACUCCUGCUGUCAGGUUUGGAGAACAAGACAACCAGUGGACGUAUGCUGGACACUCUGUCAGUACUUAAUGACAAUCGCUACCACCACCAAAUGGUGAAGAAGGCAUUCCACCACUUUUUGUCAUUAUCAGACUUUGACUUCAACUUCUUUUGCUACCAGUGUGGACACCACCCAGCUGUGGUUGUGGCAGAUGGCAACUGGAAACUAGGCUUUGAUGUACCUCUUGGAUCAUUUGAAAGGCCAGAUCCAGAUACCAUAUCUGACAAGGAUCUUGAAGUGGAUAUCGUCAAGGCAUGGACAGAUCUGGACAAAUCACUCAUAGCAGAAGGCCUUAUAGCAGGAACAUCUGUUGCAAACCCAUACUUCAAAUCUGUUCACCAGUCUACUAUGGCACCAUGGAUGGGAAAGCACACUAGAUUGAGGGAUAUCCUUCCAAAAACCGAGAUUAAAAAGGCACUGAAAGAAAAAAUUGAUCGGAACAAACAUUCACCAGAACAAAUAAUUGAAGACAUAAUGCUUCAAACCACUGACUCAGAGAAGAACCAAAAAAAGGAAUUCCAGAAUGCACUGGGUAUGAUUAAUGGAUUCAAGGAACUACACCCAAAACUUUCCAAGAAACUACAAAAAACAGGUGGUGUACUUCAUUUCUCCUGUGUCCAUGGUGUUGUUUAUUAUAUCAAUUUUCUUUUCUGGAUGGAGUCAGCAAGGGACCAUGCAGAUGGCUUGCUAAGUUUUAAGCACGUUCCAACCUGUUACAUUUCUGAUAUGGCCGAUGAGGUUGCCAGUCACGCAAAUGACCGAACUAAUCAGAUGUUUUUUAAGCCACAUGAUGGAAGACUUUGUGCACCAACCACAGAUAAUCUAAAAAUGGCAACUAAAAAUGAACUAAAGGUUGAAAUGCAAUGGGUGAAGAACCUCAGAUUCCCAUUACCAGUGAAGUUACAGCAAAAUACAAAUGCAAUGCCAGCAGUACAUCCAAUCACAAGGACAUCUGACAGGUAUUCACUGUAUGAUCAAUUCCACCAAAUAAAUCCAAGACAUCCAGAAGAUAAUUUAAGAAGCCUCGUCAUCUGCCCAACACUUCGACGAGAGGUCAGCACUGCAGUAGCAAAACAGUUCAAUCAAGAGCUUGAAUCCAUUUGGCAUUCCUUGUGCCAAAUGAAUGAAUCCCACUUCAAACAGUCUGUGAGAGUGUUGAUUGACUUACACAAUGAAAAAAUUAACAGGACAUUUAAGGCUGAGAUGGAGGCUUUGGGCAACACACAAUUGUCUGUUGGACUGCAUGGGAUGUUGGGAUUUCAUACUGCUGAAGGGGAGGAACACAGUGUGGUGAAAUCCUCAUCCAUAUCACAAUUAUAUGCCACAAGUGAUGAUGAGAAGGAGAAACUCAAGCAGCUACUCUCUGGAUCCCGUGAUGAAACUCAAGCCCUGGCUUAUGUUUCACGAAGAUUUCCAGUCUCAAUAAAAGACAUUAGCAGCGUUUGCCCACUAGACUUGUUGCUUCAGUCAUCAUUGUCAUCACCAUGGAUGACAGAUGAUGCUGUUAACUAUCGGGUGGCGCAGCUCGCUCAAGAAAACAAGUGUGAUGCUUUAGGCACCUUUGAUUUCACUUUGUGGCACCGGGAAUGGACCAAAUCUGGAGCAGUCAGCGACCAAGUUGCCAAAUCCAUUCCAGAAUCAGAAAAGAUAUUCCUUCCCAGAAUUGUGGGUCAUUCUUCACCAGAGACAGGCAACCAUUUCAUCCUUUGGGUGUUUGACUUCAAAGCUAAACAGAUUAGAAUAUAUGACUCACUGAUGACUUCCAACAGCAUCAGUGAUGAUGACAUGGACCUGCUCAGAAACGUCUUUAGGUUUUCUGGUGGGCUUCAAUGUUGGACAGUCACAUAUCCUCCACAGUGGAAGCAGGAGGACUCCGUUAAUUGUGGUGUUUUUGUGUGUUCGGCUGCAGAAAAUGAAGUCCUACAUUACAAGGUCACUGAGGAUGCUCUGACCCUUAGUGAGUGCAGGAUUCUUCGUCUACACCACGCUACACAAAUGCUGAAAAACGUGAAAGCUGAGAAUUUCCCACCGACUAUGGAAGACAUGUUGACGAUUCGACAGAAAGAAAUGGAAGUACAAGAAGCUGGAGUUGAACAGACAGACUCAGGGAUCCAUUGCAUGGCCAUGCAAAUAAAGGCAUGCUUGUUCCAGAGAGUGACUGGGAAAACCAGUGUUUUUCAUGACCACAGAAAUCAAUGUAGUUGGCUACUGUGCACGGUCUGCAAAAAAUGUCUGCAUUUUGAGUGUGCUGGUGUGGAGGGAGACUGGGAAGACUGGGAAUCAAAGGAUUUUGUUUGCGGAUGCAACCUUACAACUAAUGUAGGUGACAUGCUGGAGGCUGUUACAGUUACAGAAAUCCUUUCAGAUGAAGAAAUUAAGGAUUUGGAAAGAAAACUGCAGAGUGGACUUGUUCUCUCCAACCGGAUGUAUCUGUGGAAUCACAGAGAAUUUGAUCCUGAACUUUGUAAACAUUACAGUGAACAUUUUACUUUAUUCAGCGACAUAAAGACAGAAGAAAUGAUCCAAAGACUUGAAAGAAUUCUGUCAACGCCAGUGGAGAAGCAGCUAUACCUUAGAGAGGUCAUUUUGCCAGAGGUUUUGAUUCGAUGGUUGCAAAGCAGUGGAAACAUGUGCAGAUACCAAGCUGAAUCUAUACUUCUGAAGGGCAAAUCUUACGAAGAAGAGAAAAUUACAAGAGAGACAACAGCUGGUGAUUCUGGACAUGUAGAAGAUGAAAACACUUUUCAAAGUGACUGCAAAGCUGCGGCUGCUUUUUGCUACAACAAGGACUUUGAUGACAUUUUUGACCUUCCUGAGGUCAAAUUGGAACAAGAAGAAACCCUGCAUGACAUGCAGAUCCAAGAGGGUGGUCACCAUGACGAUUCCCAAGGAGAAAAUGUCACAUUUGUAUAUCAAAAAAGCGAUGACAGUGACAGCGCUGAGACAGAACUUACAAUUUCUAAAGAAAUCUUAGCCAUGUUCAAGAAAGAAAAUGAAAUUCAUGACGUUAACCUUUCACACCCUAACUUUAUAACUACUUGAUUUUUGGUUUAUGUUUGUUUCUCUUCAGUCUGUCUUUUGGGUGGCUGUGGCUCAGGAGGCUGACCAGGUCACAGACUAAUCAGGUUUUUGGUUUAAUCCUCAUCUGCUGCAGUCCUGCAUGCCAAAUAUCCUGGGGCAAGAUAGUAACCCUAAGUUGCUUUUAUAUGAAUAUGAAAGCAUGUGCAUGUAAGAUAGAAUACACUUACAUAGGAAAAGCAUUUUUAACAAGUGUAUGGAUGAAGUAAAUUGUGCAAAAUCAUUUUAAAUGCUCAGACUUGAAGAACCAGUCCAUUUACCAGUCAGUGUCCAUUUGUCUGUCUACCUCUGAUUCCUGAGUGCCCUGUCUGUGUCUGGCCUUUAUGCUCCGUCUACAUGAAUACCUUUGUUGUGCUGUCCUUAUGUCCCUAUCCCUAUAUUUUCUCCCUUCCUGUUCCCAGGUUCAGCUCUUUGUCUCUUCCUCUUUGUCUCCCUAGUUUGUCACGCCUACAAAACAGACAUUUCGACACUGUGUUAAGCUUCUGAAGCACAGAUGUUUUGAAACACUGCUCCAAAGCUUGGUUCAAAGCACACAGGGCACAUAACUGCAACUAAAUGAAGUGUUGCUACCGCAGUUUCGGCAGGUGUCUUACCUGCUGCUUCGAAGCAUAGCCAGUUGCAAGGAUUCACAUUUUUCUAUUAGCCAGAGUCUUUAGGACUUGGCCUUGUAAUUAUUGAAUUAAUGCUUAUGAUACAACUGUGAAUGUAUGAAACAAAAUAUUGCACUCUCUCAUUAUUAUUUUUGCUGUGGACUGUAAAGACCAAAAUAGACUAUCCACUCACUGAAACACUGGAAUGCAAAGUGUAAUUAAACAAACAUUAUUUAAAUAGAUAGAAAUAAUAUAUAAACAUUUUACUUUAAUGUUUACUGGCACAUAGAUGAGAGAAAGCUAGAGACAGAGACUGGUGGGUGGGCUUCAUCCCCUCCCAUCAGCAGAGCGAGAGCAGCUCUAGUUUUUUCUACUUUCUGAUGUUCUACACACAUAAAUAAUAUAUUUAUGAAUUUUAAAAAAUGCUAAACAAACACAUUUAUCAAUUACAGGGGAUGUAUCUCUUAACAUUUUUUUAUGACAAAUGUUUUUGUUUUUUCCUUUUUCAUUCUCACUGAUGCUCCGUUUGUUAAUACCUCAAAAACAACAGGAGUAAUGCAGUUUCACUGUAGCCUAAACUCCAACCUCACCAUAAACAUCAUGCCAGUGUUAUAAAACAUACAGCAACCAAAGCAGUGUGAACUUCAUCCUAUUUCUUUUCUAGCAUAUACAUUGUGUUGACAUAGAGAUAUUCAUGUAUUUAAGCUCACAAAUUAGUAUAAGUGUGGGUGUGUGUUACUUCCUGUUUAAUCUUGAUAGUCUUCUGUCUUGUGUGUGUAAUUUUCAGUUUUGCUUCCCAUGUCUCAUUAGUUAUGAAUGUAUUCAUCUGUUUUCCCAGGUGUGUCCGUUUCCAUUAAUCACUCUCUUGUGUAUAUACUGUCUACAUCCCCCUCACUGUAUUUGCAGUUUCUGUCUGUCAGCUAAUCUGCAUCUUCCAGCGUCAUCAGAUUGGAUGGGAAGUGUCUUCUUUGUGCCUCUGUUAGAUGAUUUGAUCUUUUUUUCCCAUCAUUUAAU